GUGUGUAAAUGCAUGAACACACAGCCUCUGCUGCUGCUUGACGGACAGCUUAUCAGGCUCCAACCUCAGAGAUGAAGCGACUGAACCAGGUGUAGAAGAGGAAUAUUCUAACUUUACCCCCACCACCGCAGUGUCUAGUCAUCCCAACCAAGCUUGGGUCAGUUUCUCCGUGUCUCUGUGUGCGCUGGGAUUGUAAGCGGCAGAAACACAUUGCUCUCCGGGCAGAGUAGGCUACAGCUGCGCGGCUCCCUAACACAUCAUGGAUGUACGGUUUUAUCCGACGGCUGGUGGGAAUUCUAUUCCAGGAGAACCACCAAACAUGGAUUUUUCCCACUGUUUGGGCUACUACAACUUCAAUAAGUUCCAGAAUAACAACAACUACAUGAACAUGGCCGAAGCCAACGGUGCCCUGCUCGCUGGUGAUACCUUCCAUACACCCAGCUUGGGAGACGAGGAGUUUGAGAUUCCUCCCAUCACACCUCCACCUGAGAUUGAGUCUGGGAUGGGUCUUUCGGACGUGGACUCACCUUAUCCAGCAAUGCCGGAGCCCCCAGUUAAUCACAGGGGUCUGUUAAUCCCUCAGUUCCCCCCUCAGAGUAUGGAUCUGCCCUCUAUUACCAUCUCACGCAACAUGAUGGACCAGGAAGGGCUGUCUGUCAACAACGGCCAACCUGUGAAUGUUGGACCAGGCCAUCAUCGCCAGUACUCGGCCAACCCAGCCAUGGUGAUGAAGUCCAUCAUCAGCAUGAACAGCCCCAACGGGAUGUUAUCACGUAAUCAGCUGACCACCAUCAACCAAUCCCAGCUCAACGCACAGCUGAGCUUAAACAUGGCGGGACCCAACAUCGCCCACACUGCCCCGUCACCCCCCACCAGCAAAUCCGCCACCCCGUCUCCCUCCAGCUCCAUCAACGAGGACGACCAGGAGGAAGGCAACAGGAUCAUUGGAGAGAAGCGGCCAGCCCCCGUAGAUCCUGUAAAGAAGCCCAAGACUCCCAAGAAGAAGAAGAAGAAGGAUCCCAAUGAGCCUUCGAAACCGGUGUCCGCCUACGCUCUGUUCUUCAGAGACACCCAGGCUGCUAUUAAGGGUCAGAAUCCAAACGCCACCUUUGGAGAGGUGUCCAAGAUCGUGGCCUCCAUGUGGGACGGUCUGGGAGAGGAACAGAAGCAGUCUUACAAAAGCAAAACAGAAGCUGCCAAGAAAGAAUAUUUAAAAGCUCUUGCCGCAUACCGUGCUAGCCUGGUUUCCAAGGCUGCAGCAGAAUCAGCCGAGGCCCAGACCAUCCGCUCCGUGCAGCAGACCCUGGCCUCCACCAGCCUGUCCCCCGGCCUGAUGAUGCCCUCACCCCUCAACCAGCACCACUCCAUGGCAGCAGCUGCCCUGGCCCUACAGCAAGGCAUACCACGGGCCAUCGCCCCAAAACCUCUGCAGAUGAGACUAGGAGGCAACCAGAUCGUGACCUCGGUGACCGUCUCCCACCAGAACAUGGCCCCCGGGAUGCCCCAGCAGAUGCUCGGCCCGAUGGGGUCCGGAGGGGGCAUGGUGGCGGGUGCCCAGUCCACAGCGGUGUCUCAGAUGAGCCCCCCCAUGCAGCCGCAGCAGCAUGCCAUGCAGCAGAUCCAGCAGCAGCAGCAGAUGCAGCAGCACCUCCAGCACCAUCAGAUGCAGCAGCAGCAGAUGCACCACCAGCAGAUCCAGCAGCAGAUGCAGCAUCAGCAUUUCCAACACCACCUCCAGCAGCAGCUGCAGCAGCACCACAUUCAGCAGCAGCAGCAACACCAACAACAACAGCAGCAGCAGCAACAACAGCAGCAGCAACAACAACAACAACAACAACAACAACAACAACAACAGCAGCAGCAGCAGCAGCAGCAGCAGCAGCAGAUGCAGCACAUGCAGAUGCAGCAUCAGAUGCACCAGCAGCAGCAGAUUCAACAUCUGCAGCAGCAGCAGCACCAGUCCCAGUGUUCCCCCCCCCAGCACUCUCCUGGUUCAGUGGGGGGCUCUGCGUCGCUCGGCAGCCCCCAGCCGGCCUCCCAGCAGCAGCCUCACCCUUCCCAAAUCCAGGCCCACGCCCAGGCCCUGUCCCAAGUCAGCAUUUACUGAGCCAAAUGGAAAUCCUAUCUCAAAGAACAGGAAUAGAAUAAAAGCAUCAUUCCACGUUGCUUUUCUACGUUGCACUUAAGAAGUGUGUAAGAUUUAGAAUGUUAUACAAAGAACUUGUCCAUUGUUAUAGACGGAUAUGCACACGCGUGUACAGGGGAGAACAUGUUAACUUGGUUUUUGUCUAUAAAAUAGGCUGAGCUGUGACAGAAGCCUGUUAGGGCGAGCGCCCAGUGAUUGUUUAUCUGUUUGUUUGUGAGGUCUUUCAGUUGUCAAUUUAAACUGACUGGGCACACAAUAUGUUGAAAGACGUGUCUUUCACUGUUUUAUUUAACAAUAAAGCUUUAUUUAUGCGGCCAGAGUCUUCAGUUCAACGCAGCAAAAAGACAUUUUGAAUGCGUUUGAACCAGAGGAUUUCUAUCAGCUCUCGCCUGGACUGACUCACAGGAUCCUUGCUGGAAACCAGUAAACCCACACAUCAGUCUUUGUUCCCACACUGGCCAGUAUAUAGCGAGACUUUCUUUACUCCAACCUUUCUCCUUCACACAUCGCUCUGGCAGAUGUAACCUUUCAACAAUGGCGGAGAAGGAAAUGGUUGAUUAAAUCAUCACACGUCGGAGGCCCAGUGAUAUUUGAACACUGUUAAAUCAUCUCACAAAUGUAAGCAAUGUCUUGAAGAAGAAGGGGAACUGAAAAUAUAAAGUCUAGACCUCUGGAUGAACGACUGAACAGACAGAGACAGAAACUGCCAUAAAUCACUUGUUUCAUCACAUCAUCAAACUGUAGCUGUAAUCUGCUGUACAUGUUUCGUAGAGUGGGAGACACAGGACCUCCCGUAUCCACUACCCUAGCCCACAAGCGUGUAACUGGCACCCCCUCCUCCAAAAAAAUGAUCUUUAAUCUAUUUGUUUUUACUUCAGAUGUUUAACAAUUAAAUUAUGUUUUUAUUUUGUGUAACAAAGGGGAUAUUUUAUGGUAAAUACAAAUGUCCGGAUCAAGGCAGAUGGUUUGGGGAUUGCUGUAUUUUUACUCUGCUUCUUGAUGGGUCAUUGUUUUAAAAAAGGAAACUAGCAGAGCCAGUUUGUUGCACUGCCAAAGCCGACUGAAAGGCAUCGGAGGUAUUUUUCUGUACAGAAGUCCCUGAGGAAAAAAAAGAAGACGUUGUACAUUUUUCACAUCACCUGUUGUAAAGUUUUAAUAUGUGAGGCUUUAAUUAAAACAUUGUUAAACGACCUGUGGAUUGCUAUAUCACAUAGUGCAUUUCUGCUCUUUUAUACUUUUUUUAUGAGUUACAAUAGCAGCAAUUAAUUUUGUUUGUAUUUUGCUUACAAACCAACUGCUUUUAAAAUAUUGUCCAUAGAAUAAAUGCAUAUCCGUACGGAGGUUGUUUUCAGCUCACGAUAGGAAAAGUAAUUUAAUGUUUGAGUUUUUGCUCGGCCAUGAAGAUGAAUCCAGAGACAUUCCAUCACUAAUAUGAUAGUAGCCAUAAUUUUGUAUGAAGUAUUAUAUAUUUCUUUGUGUCUCUGUUCAAAAUUAAA